AUGGGGUUUGUGAAAGUCGUCAAGAACAAGCCCUACUUCAAGCGAUACCAAGUGAAAUUCAGGAGACGGCAAGAGGGUAAAACUGAUUACUAUGCCCGGAAACACUUGGUGAUCCAGGAUAAAAAUAAGUACAACACACCUAAAUACAGGAUAAUAGUUCGCGUAACCAAUAGAGAUAUCAUCUGUCAGAUCGCUUAUGUCCGUAUAGAAGGAGAUAUGAUAGUUUGUGCAGCUUAUGCUCAUGAACUCCCAAAGUAUGGUGUGAAGGUUGGCCUGACAAAUUAUGCUGCAGCAUAUUGGACUGGCCUACUGCUGGCCUGCAGGCUUCUCAAUAGAUUUGGCUUGGACAAGAUCUAUGAAGGCCAGGUGGAGGUGACUGGAGAUGAAUACAAUGUGGAAAGCAUUGAUGGUCAACCUGGUGUCUUCACCUGCUCUUUGGAUGCAGGGCUUGCCAGAACUACUACUGGAAAUAAAGUUUUGGGGGCCCUGAAGGGAGCUGUGGAUGGAGGCCUAUCUAUCCCUCACAGUACCAAAUGA